GGGCCGGAAGACGUCGCCGCGGCACGACACGCCCGCGCUCAGUUCAGCGCGGCGCGGCGGCCAGAAGCUUACAGCCCGCAGCCACGUCACGUGACUGCCGCUCGCUCGCCCGUGAUUGGUCGCCGAGAGCCCAGGUGCGUGCCGCGUCCUGUCACGUCUGUGGUGUCGGCAUCGAACCGCUUCCUAUACCAAAUGUUGUAACAGGGACAGUACGGGGGGAAAAAAAACUGCGUUAGAAAUACGCGAGAUCCGGCGGCGUGGAGUGCACCUAUGUUCUCAAGUGCGCGAUACUAGUUUACAGUAGUGGCAUCUUGCGGCGUGAAGUGGAAAAUAAUUGGAAAAAGUGUCUCGCGCUUCGCCGAUGCUAAUUGGCCAGUGUUUCCCAUAUUGUCCUGUUACAAUGUUUACUUGUACGCCGAGAGAACUGUCAAAAACGCGUGUGACGGUUCGUUAGACGUUAAAAAAAAAUGUGUUCCUAUGUGAAGCGUUUUCUUUCUUUCUUCUAAUGUAUAUGCCUGUUAAUAUGAGUUCAUUCAACACUUCACCGCACCAAUGUAAAUUCAGUUGCUGGAUGACUGGACGUUGAAUAGCGUGUGAACAAAACUUUGUUUGGAUUAACAUGAGCGAGAAGAAACUACAACUGUUAUAAAUGCACGCGUGUCAUUUCAGUUACGUAUUUUGUUAAAAUACAUUAAAACGAACUCUUCAAAUUACAAAAAAAAGAUCAGUUUCUUUAACAAAAGCACGUGACCUUUUGAAGCACUUCAUAGUCCGAGAACUAACCUACCAUUUCACGUUCUCAGAUUGAAUUCGACCAACUUCAGCUGCAGGUUCACCACGGCAAACCGGCGGCGAGGGGCACCGCAGAGUCCCCCGGAAGCACGGCGGCCGGAAGUGUCUGCAGAGGCUGCUAUCAGCGGCGGCCACCCGGCCUCGUCGCCAGAUGCCACAUGACCGUGUGCGCUGUGCUGGUGUGCAGGCGGGCAGGCGCGCGAUGGCCGCGCUGCUGGUGUCCAAGAAGGCGGUGCUGGUCGCACUGAUGGCCCUCAGCGUGGUCGCCAUCAUCUACUGGGGCACCGCGGACAACCUGCAGCUCGUCGGCCUGGCCCCGCUGCGUGCCUCACCCGGGGCCGGCCCUCCGCCGCAGAUGUGGACGUGGCGCUGCGAGGAGGGCCAGUGCGUGCGCAGAGAGCGCCGGGAGUCGCUCGAGCCGCGCUCGUCGCUGAGCACCUGCCAGAUGCUGUGCGGUCCCUCGCCGCUGUGGCCGCGACCCACCGGGGUGGCCCGGCUGUCCACCUCCUACUGCAGGUUCCAGGCGGACCGGCUGCAGCUGACGGAGCCUAACGCGGCCUCGGCGGAGGUGCGGCGUCUGCUGCUGCUGGCGGGUGAACUCUUCCUCGCCGAUGUGCGGCGUCUGGCGCAAGGCGGAGCGCCGGCCGACAGCUAUCCGCCGGACGGCCUCGUCGACCUCCGGGUGGACCUGCGCGUGACGGGCCGCUCCGCCGCCGACCUCUCCCCACGCCUGAGGCUCGCCACCAACGAGAGCUACCGCCUCGUCGUGGUCCGCGUGGACGCCGGCCUGCGAGCCACUGUCACGGCUCGUUCCUUCUUCGGCGCGCGCCACGGCCUGGAGACCCUGUCGCAGCUGGCGUGGCGCGACGAGGACGACCCCCCGGGGGUGCUCCGGGUGCUGGACGGCGCGCUGGUCGCCGACGAGCCCCGCUUCCCGCACCGCGGCCUGCUGGUGGACUCGGCGCGCAACUUCCUGCCCGUGGAGUCCCUGCGCAGGACGGUGGACGCGAUGGCCGCGAGCAAGCUAAACACCCUGCACUGGCACCUCACCGACUCGCAGAGCUUCCCGCUGGACGCGCCUCGCGAGCCGCGCAUGGCGCGCCACGGCGCCUACUCGGCGCGGCAGACCUACUCGGCGCGCGACGUGGCCGAGCUGGUGGAGCACGCGCGGGCUCGCGGGGUGCGCGUGCUCGCCGAGCUGGACGCGCCGGCGCACGCGGGGCUGGGCUGGCAGUGGGGGCCGGCGGCGGGGCUGGGCAGCCUCGCCGUGUGCGUGGACGGCGACGGCGCCAGCUGGAAGGAGCGGUGCGGCGAGCCGCCGUGCGGCCAGCUCAACCCCACCAACAACCACACGUACCGCGUGCUGGGGCAGCUGUACGCCGACCUGGUGGAGCUCACCCACCCCACCGACGAGUUCCACAUGGGCGGCGACGAGGUGGACUUCAACUGCUGGGCCAACUCGCCCGAGGUGUUGCACCCGGGCGGUGUCGUCACCAUGGAGGGCAUGAUGGAGCUGUGGGGCGGCUUCCACAGGCGCGCCCUGGCCGAGCUGCGCCGGGCGAGCGGCGGUGACCUCCCGCGACACGUCAUCGUGUGGUCCAGCGACCUAACCAAGCCCGAGGUGGUGACCCGCUACCUGCCACGCGACCGCUACGUCGUGCAGGUGUGGGGUCCGAGCGACUGGAACGAGAUGGAGGCACUGCUGUCGACCGGCUACCGCGUCGUGGCGUCGCACGUGAACGCCUGGUACCUGGACUGUGGCUACGGCAGCUGGCGCGGACCGGGCCCCGGCUCCUGUGGGCCCUACUCCACCUGGCAGACAGUGUACGAGCACAGGCCCUGGACGUCUCUGCGGCGCUCCGAGCGCGCUCUGCUGCUGGGCGGCGAGGCCUGCCUCUGGAGCGAGCAGGCCGACGGCUCGACCCUCGACGAGCGCCUGUGGCCACGCGCUGCCGCCCUCGCCGAGCGCCUGUGGACCGACCCGGCGCCCGUCUUCGACGCGGACGGCAUCGACGACAACCUGCGCGAGGCGCACGGCCGUCUGUCGCAGCACCGCGAGCGUCUGGUGGCGCGCGGUGUGCGGGCUGCCGCCAUCUGGCCCCGCUGGUGCCACCAGAACCCAGCGCUCUGCCUCGAGCCCAAGGUCGAGCCCAUCAGGCGAUGGUAGCACCCGCCACUUUCUCGCUCAUUAGGUGGUGAGACCGUGCCAUCUUUCACUCGUCAGCCGUGUCUAUGCGCCUAUUGGGAAGUGGCACUAAACCCCAGUGAUGUGCCUUGAGCCCAUGAUUGAGCCCAUCAGGAGAUGGUAGCACCCGCCACUUGCUCGCUCAUUAGGUGGUGAGACUGUGCCAUCUUUCACUCGUCAGCCGUGUCUAUGCGCCUAUUGGGAAGUGGCACUAAACCCCAGUGAUGUGCCUUGAGCCCAUGAUUGAGCCCAUCAGGAGAUGGUAGCACCCGCCACUUGCUCGCUCAUUAGGUGGUGAGACUGUGCCAUCUUUCACUCGUCAGCCGUGUCUAUGCGCCUAUUGGGAAGUGGCACUAAACCCCAGUGUUGUGCCUUGAGCCCAUGAUUGAGCCCAUCAGGAGAUGGUAGAACUCGCCACAUGCCUGCUUUUUAGGUGGUGAGACCGUGCCAUCUUUCACCCGUCAGCCGUGUCUAUGCGCCUAUUGGGAAGUGGCACUAAACCAGUGAUGUGCCUUGAGCCCAUGAUUGAGCCCAUCAGGAGAUGGUAGCACCCACCACAUGCUCGCUCAUUCGGUGGCGAGACCGUGCCAUCUUUCACUCGUCAACCGUGUCUAGGCACCUAAGGGGAAGCGGCUUUAAAACCCAGUGAUGUGCACCCAGUCUAAGAUGGAAUAUGAAAAGAGUUGGUAACUUCUGGACACUACCCACAUUAAGUGUUCAGCGGGUAUUACCAAAUACCUAAACAUGUUCCACUAACAACCCAAAGUGAUAUUUUGUCUGGGCGAAUUUUUGGCACUCUGAAUGUUGAACCCAAAUGAGAUUGUAAUAUCUGGUGAAGAUCCAUAUCUUUUUCUAAGCAAGUACUACAAAGUCAAUGACCAUCAUCCACUCAUUAGUUGCAGAGGACAUCUUUGGCUUCAUGCCUAUUGAGGAGUGAAUUGUGAUCGUUGAUAUCUGAUAGUGCCACUAGAAAUUACUGCUGUUCUUAUCAUGUGGUGAUAGGUAUUCUCUGCCCUCCCACAGCCGAGAGACCAUCGACACAUCUCGCAUUCAUCAAAAAGGUGCUGUUGACCUUCAGAUAGAGCUUAUUUUUAAAUAGAAAUUGCUGCUCAUCACUCGGUCGAAGCAGCAGCUGCAGACUAACAAGCCAAUUCCCAUUUAUCUGCCACAGGUAUUCUCAGUGGCUGCAUGCAUGAUGGAGUAUGGUGCGUGGUCACUCCACUGGGGCAUUUAGAUUCCAGGACUUAUUAUCCGGCCCAAGUUUGAACCUACCAGACCAUGACAGCCCCUGUAUGUCGCACAUCCCGAGCCACGCAGCAGAAACCAUAACACAUCCUAUUCACCAGACAAUGUGUAUGCGCGCCUGGACUCUGAAGCCAUUAGAACCCAUCUCUAUAAUUUUAGUCCAAUGUCGAGCCCAUCAGGAGGCGGUGGCCGUUUCUCUGGCCUGAGAAUUAUCUAGCAUGUAUACUAAAGGUUUAUAUGUUUAUAUUUGACUCUAUUAAUAUACAAUGCAAAUAUUUUACAUUCAAGAUCUUUAUGGCCGACUGUUGAACUAGAGUCAGAUCUUAUGGAUGAGUGAGCCAAAUUUCACGUGUUCGAUUUCCGGCCAUGUUGGGGAUUUUCAAUUUUUGGAAAAUUUACUUUUCUGGCACAGGACUAAUAAUUGUUGUCGCUCCACCUUGGCUAACGACCGCGGAAUCAUCUCACGGUCCACCCCAGUCAAGAUGUCUCAAUGACUGGUGUCAAAACUAUUCUCCGGCUAAUCACCCAAUUAUCAAGAUCUCUGUGGAAUAAAAUUAUUUUUCUGUUAUUCUAGGUGACCUAAUCGGUACUUAUUAAUGCCAGAGCGCUAAAUAAGAGACAGAUUGUAAUUAAACUAGUUACUUAUACCGCCAUUCCUAAGGUUAGAUUUAAACCCACAAUGUUGAAAGCCAAGUACACCGACCACUACACCAUCGCAGCUUUAUUGGGCGAUUUCGUCACACUCAUGUCUUUAUGUAGGCCUAAAUAGUUUUAGUAUAAAUAUCAGCACACGCUAUCUUUAUUCGACUUUGAAGAAAUUUAAGACCCUGUGAAUAAUUCGAGCAUGAUGGUUUAAGAUCAAAGUUGAUUCAUUUUCAACCUAAUUUUGUGUGGAUUUUCUAGUUUACGCGAAUGUAUAGAACUGAUGUGCUACUUUCUUCAGUAUCUGUGAUGCCAGUGAGAUUAGAGUUUCUUCGCGUUGCACUAUGGUGCGAAUGUCUGAACAGUAACAUGGUGUUGCCUUACGCGAGGAGUGCAGCACCGCAAGUAUCUAGGGUUCUAGGCUGUGUUGAAAACAAAUCUCAUCGAAGCGACAAGUUUGGAGUGAUGUGUAACCAGAACGUUCUACCAUUCGUCUGGAAGACAACGCAACUCACUCGAAAACAAUGUUACAUAUGCACAGUUUUGUAACCAUUUAUACGCGAAGUCUGUUAUUAAAAAUCUUUUUUUAA